AUGGCCUCGCAAACCUUCUUCUGCACCUUCUGCAGUGCAACGUUCAAAAUUCGAAGUAAAUUUAUUAAUGUGCUUGAGCUUGGCCCCCGAGCAAUCUCCAGGCAAAAAGCCGGCUCGCACUUUGAUGAAGCAUUCAAUUAUGAUGGCGUGGCGAGCACCGAAUCCUCGCGGGAGCCCCGCUCCCCCACCCGCCAGGCCCUGCAUCCUUUCAGCGUCUGCUUUCAGAUGUGUGGAAGCACCGAGGGCUGUAUGGUGUUAAAGGCACUUGAGAAACCAAAAAACAUGAUCCUCUCCGUGCUGCCCUGCUUAUCGAAAUGGGAGUGGGCUCUGUUCAGCAUCGUCAACUCCAAUGUGCUCCUGGUGGAACUAACAGGCAGCAGCAUCUUCGACUACAUUCACCCUGGCGAUCACGUUGAGGUGGCGGAGCAGCUGGGUCUGAAACUGCCGAGCAGCCGCGGUCACAGCUCCCAGGCCCCCGCUGAGGACGGGGCAAGUUCGACGUCUUCCUCCUCACUGGCCGAGACCCCCGAGCCAGACUCCGCCAGCCCCAGCCUCCUGUCCGAGGACGCAGCACUCGAACGAACGUUCUUCGUCCGCAUGAAGUCGACGCUGACCAAGCGAGGGGUCCACAUCAAGUCUUCAGGAUACAAGGUCAUUCACGUCACAGGUCGCCUGAGGCCGCGGAUAUCUUUGCCCCACGCCCGCGCCGUCCCCACCAAGUUCAUGGGGAUGGUGGCCCUGGCCCACACACUCCCUCCUUCCACCAUCAACGAGGUGCGCAUCGAGUGCCACAUGUUUGUCUCCAGGGUCAGCCUCGACCUUCAGAUCAUCUACUGUGAGAACAGGAUCUCGGACUACAUGGACUUGUCCACAGCGGACGUGGUGGGGAAGAACUGCUAUCACUUCAUUCACGCUGAGGAUGUGGAAGGGAUCCGACAUAGCCACCUGGACUUGUUGAACAAGGGUCAGGUGGUCACGAAGUAUUACCGUUGGAUGCAGAAGAACGGAGGGUACAUGUGGGUCCAGUCGAGCGCCACCAUCUCGAUCAACGUGAAGAAUGGGAACGAGAAGAACAUCAUCUGGGUGAACCAUGUGCUGAGCAAACCGGAGCUUCGAGACACUCCGAUGGACAUCUCACAGCUCCCGCUCUCGUCCAUCAAAGCUUCCAAGCAGCUGGUGUUGUCAGAUUCGGAGUCCGACUCUCGGGAGCACAUAGGGAGCCACGACCCGAAAGCCUCGGGGAAGGCGAGCAACUUGGAGGCGGGAGUCAGGGCGCGCUCGGAGGCCUGGAAGCGAUCCGACAGCCCGUCCGAGGAGGAGAUGACCUCGGCCAAGGACGACAGCGACUCCAGCCUGUCGGACAGCGAGGGGCCGAGCGGCGGCAGGAGGAGCCUGGUCCUGCCGCGAGUCAAGCGGAUGAAGGUGGAGGGCCAGGCCGAGGCAGGGCCGGGCCGAGAGCUGCGGGGCUCGGGACCCAGUGACGGAGGCACGGGGGCCAGCUCGGAGGAGGAGGAGAGCGGCGGCUUGGCCGCCCGGCACCUGUACCCCAAGCGGAGGAAGAGGCCGAGGGAUGGCUCGGGGCCUCGGGCCAAGGCGCCGGGGGUGGCCGAUCGCGACUCUACCCUCAAGGUCAAGACUGAGGCCACUCCGGCCAUCGGCUACGAGGGCCGCCGCCCGGCCUGGGACUACCCAUCCGAGCGGGAGGCGGCCUACCACCAUCGGGCGGCCAAGGCCCCGCCCGCCGCCUCCGACCACUUCGGCGCAGAUCCCCCCCUCAGCCCGCCCGGCGCUGCCGACAACCCCGGCGGCAGGAAGACACCCUUCGGCCCGUCUCCCCGCGCCUCCGACGCCCGGUCGCCGGCCCCGCCGUCCGCCGACGACAAGGCCGAGGUUCUGGCCCUGGCCCAGGCCCAGGCCCAGCCGCCGCCGCCGCCGCCGCCCUCCAGCCUGUACGCAGCCAGCACCAUCCGCUACGCGCCGGCCGACGUGGCGCUGGCCGUGCCUGGCAACCUGCUGCCCGCCGCCGCCGCCCACGCCCUCAACUUCGUGGAGCUGAACGGCCCGGCCUUCGGCGCCGAGCAGAAGGCGCAGGUGGAGAUGAUCUACCACCACGUCCAGCGCCUCAACAUGGCGGCCAACCCCUUCGGGUCGCCGGCCGCCGCUGCCGGCCUCGCCCAGGUACCGGCUGGCAGCGUCUUCACCACGGCCGAGGCCCUCUUCUCCACCCUGCCCUUCCCCAUGAACGCCGGCACCAUCCACCCCCCGCAGGCCCUGGAGCGCAAGGAAGACUGACCCAGCGCCCAUCGAGAUCCCUCCAGCCAGCCUCCAAGUUGAGACAAUAAGACCUCUGCUCCUCCCCUUCCCAUCUCCUUCAAGUGUUACCCUCAUUUUUUUUUACCUUAUUCCCUCUUCCCUCCCAACCAUAACCCCAGAGGCAACCGCCCGUGUCUCUCUGGUCCAAGUCCACACGGGGAGUGGACGAGCUGGGGCUGGAUGGUAGAGGGAGGUGGACAUUGGAUGGUCCCACCAUCUCGGCGGCUGGUUGUCCACGGGACUGGCCGGCUGUUGGGACGCAGGUGUUGUUAAGGGGAGGGUGGCGGUCGGUGUGCCAGCCCCCCACCCCCAUCUCCACCCCCGCUGCUCGGUUCGUGAGGUCGUUGUCCACUCGGCCCAUCCAAUGAGGCCUGACCCGUCUCCACCUUGACCUUUUCUUGGGCCGGAGCCUCACUGGUACAAUGUCCCGUGGGACCGUUCUGUGUAUAAUGUACAGCCAGUCGGUAAAACUUGUAAAAAAAAGGCAAAUUGAGAGAGAGAAAGAGAAACAUUGCCCUUGCGACAGGUGGCUUUAAAGCCGGAUUAAGUGAUGUUUCCCGCCCCCCGACGGUUUCUCGGACAAAGCAUUCCCUGGUGUGGGGAAUUACCCAAACGCCGUUCGAUGUAUCCUCAUACCGUCUAGUUUCACACUUGCCUGAAGCUUUGGAGAAAGUGAGGUCGAAAUAUCAGAGAGCCCCAGACGGCUUCUUCCAGAGGUUAUCCACUUGAAGCGGGGCGCCACUGCUUCGGAGUGAGUUGUUGGGGGUAAUGCAGGGGAAACAUUACUGUGUAUCUAACCCGCGCUGUCCCGAAUCCUGGAGUGCUUGAUGGGACAGUGUUAGAGGAGUUUUACCCUGUAUCUAACCAGUUUCUUUAUUCCCCCCCCCCCUUCUCUUCGGGACUAUGUAGAAGGAGCAUCACUCUCGCGUCUAAUUGUGCUGAAUAUUCCCUGGUACAUUUGACAGGGGGUAGGGUGAAGGGGGAAAAAAAGGCUUGAUAACCAGACCGUUUUAUUUUGGGUGUGCGCUGUGGCGAAGAGGUUCUGGUCCAUUCCGACGGGAAACAGCAUCAACGCUAAUAUGUGAAAUCUCCGACAUAAAUAGUGGUAAUUCAGAUCGCAGCUAAUCUGUACAGUGACCGUAGGCUUUCAACUUUUCGUUCUGCAAGCCCAAAGUUAUCACCCAAACCACUCCCUGUACGUUUCAGCGACGCAAAUUGCACUCAGCCUUCUUUUCGUUUUGUUCUCCUUUUGGCAAAUUCAACGUGACCUAAGACCAGAUGGUGACUGAGGGCUUCUGCACCUCGCUGUGCGCCGCCUGUGGCAC